CACGGUAGUGCUGGUCAUUCUUCUGGUAGCGGUUUCGGCUCUGGUUCCGGUUCUGGUUACUCUUCUGGCAGUAGCUUCGGUUCCGGUUCUUCUCAUGGAGGUGCUGGACACAAAUCUGGCAGCGGUUUCGGCUCUGGUUCCGGUUCAUCUCAUGGUAGCGGUUUCGGCUCUGGUUCCGGUUCAUCUCACGGUAGUGCUGGUCACUCGUCCGGCAGUUCUCACCAUGGUUCCUCUUCGGGAUCAUUCGGAAGCGGUAGCUCUCUCCAUGGUGCUGCUGUUAAUCGUGAAUACAUUCCACCCGCACCCAGCUCCCACCACGGAUCCUCUUCUGGUAGCUUCGGCUCCGGCAGUUCCCACCACGGUUCCUCAUCCGGUAGCUUUGGCUCUGGCAGUUCACACAAAGGUUCUUCUUCCGGUAGCUUCGGUCAUGGCUCCGGCUCUGGCAGUUCUCACAAAGGUUCUUCUUCCGGUAGCUUCGGCUCCUCAUCUGGUAGCUUUGGACAAGGAUCCGGUAGCUCUGGUAGUUUUGGAAAGGGCUCUGGCUCCGGCAGCUCUGGUAGUUUCGGCUCUGGUAGUUUCGGCUCUGGUAGCUUCGGCUCCUCAUCUGGUAGCUUUGGAAAAGGCUCCGGCAGCUCUGGUAGUUUUGGAAAGGGCUCUGGCUCCGGAAGCUCUGGUAGCUUCGGCUCCUCAUCUGGUAGCUUUGGACAAGGAUCUGGUAGUUUUGGAAAGGGAUCUGGCUCCGGAAGCUCUGGUAGUUUUGGAAAGGGCUCUGGCUCCGGCAGCUCCCACCAUGGUUCCUCAUCUGGUAGCUUUGGAUCUGGUAGCUUCGGCUCCGGUUCCGGCAGUUCUCACCACGGAUCCUCUUCUGGAAGCUUUGGUUCCGGUAGCUCCGGUCACGGUUCCGGUAGCUCUCACCACGGUUCCUCCUCUGGUAGUUUUGGACAUGGAUCAAGUGGCUCUCACCACUCUGCUUCCGCCCCAUCUGCCUCCUACUCAUCUUUUGAUUCCUUUGGCUCAUCUGCUGCCUCUACUCCUUCCCGCGAAUACUUAUCCCCAGCUUCCGGUAGCUCCUCUCACUACGGUGCCGCUUCUGCCCCAUCUUCAUCUUACUCCUCCGGUGGUUCUUCAUCUAACUACGGUGCUGCUUCUGCUCCUGGUUCAUCUUACUCAAGCGGUUCAUCUUAUGACACUGGCUUCUCUGGUUCAUAUGGUGAUUCUUCUAAUGUUCAUGUUUCCAGCACCGAUGGCAAAGGUUAUGACUAUCCCCGUCCACACGGAUCUUUCUUCAAAUAGAUUAUUUUAAAAAACUACAUUUUUGAAAUAUAAACAUAUACAUAUAAACGUAUGUAUAUAAGUAAUGGUUAAAUGUUAAACCAAAUUAGAAUGUGACGUAUUAUAUAAGUACUGAAAAGAAUUUGUUAAAAAUUAUAGGACUUAGAUAUUUUCCUUAGUUUAUGAAAAUAAUAAAAAAAAGUCAUUUAUUUUACGAAAUAUGUAAAAA